CGUAGCUUCGUUGUUUUUUAAUAUGAUAAUGAAAAUAGUCCAUUAAGGGCAGCGCUGACUGAGUUUGCGAGGUGAGUGAACAUGAAUGACGAUUGUGCUAUACUGUAGGAAGGAGAGGAAUAUCGUCAUCACUAUUCGUAUGCUGUGGCUUUCAUCCGGGCGGAAAAUAAUAGCUGGCGAGGACGGACAUCACGAGGGCAGAGCAGCAGGCAGAAGUCAGUUUACACCCCAUUGUACAUGACAUGAGAAAUGUUAGUUUCUUUCAUUUUUAACCUGACCCGGGUGGAGUAUGCGAAUAAUGGACAUUUGAAAACCUGCCCUCGCCUAAAUUGUGCUUUCGGUUUUAAUUCAAUGCAGACGAAUAUUUAACAUUCUUUUCUGUUGACGGGACACGCCAAAAAUCUCGUUGAGGUUGACCGACAAACCCCUUAGCCCUCUUCUUAACAAUGCUGCCGUGUUUGCGAAGCGCCUUGCGGCCGAGCAGCGCUCUGCUGCGGCGCGUCAGUGUUGCCGUUCCGCGGGUUCACGGCUGCGGUCUGGGCACACAUCCCCACAAGGAGCCGAUGGAGCCGCUGAACUCUGCGCAGGGCGCUCGCGAAUUCAUCUACAGCCUGCAUCCCACUGAGCGCACGUGCCUGCUCCGAGAACUGCACAGGUUUGAGUCUAUGGCCAUAGCUCAAGUCCGAGCUCCCCCUCCUCAAAGCUCAUCGGCAGAUGAAGAGCAACUAGAGGUGUCACCGCCGACAGCUGCACAGCUAAGAUAUGUGCUGCUCCAUAAUGCCAUACCAUUCGUUGGGUUUGGUUUCUUGGAUAAUGCCAUCAUGAUAGUUGCAGGCACCCAGAUUGAAUUAUCUAUAGGAGUCAUACUGGGCAUCUCAACCAUGGCUGCUGCUGCUCUUGGUAACCUGGUAUCAGACUUGGCUGGACUGGGUCUUGCAGGUUAUGUUGAAGCAUUGGCCUGUAGGCUGGGUAUGCAGAUUCCUGACCUGAGUCCCAAACAGGCAGACAUGUGGCAGACCAGGGUUAGUUCUCACAUGGGCAAAGCCAUCGGUGUGGCCAUCGGCUGUAUAUUCGGCAUGUUUCCUCUACUCUUCUUCAAAGAUGAUGAAGAGAAAAAGAAAGAAGGCAAAGAAAAGAAACCGGCUUCCAAGGACUCGGAAAGUGCGUGAGGAUCCUCUGUCUAAGGAGGAAUCUCGCAUAAAAACUGAAGAACAAACUAACCACAGUCAGGCUCCUCAUGCCAACGGCUGCAACAGCUGAAUCUAGCUAUCUGACAGCAAGUGCAUGAGAUUUUCAUCUGUUAAUUGUGUUAAACCUCCUCGCAGCAAUGCACAAAUUAAUCCGGAGAGAACGAAAGCGUCUAACUGCAUUUAAAUGGGUUUUUAAUUGUGAUAUAAUAGUUUUAUUUUAGUCUCAUUAGAAGUGUGGUGUUAGCAGACCACUGUAUCAAUAGUAUAAAAUAUUACGUAGUAAAUAUUAUGUUAACUUGACCUUCCAUCGAUGUCCCAAUAAUGCAGAAAUCCUCAUAGGCCACUGAUUCUUGUUAUGAAGAGAGACUCAUGAAGGUUGGUUUGGGUGCACAACAGUUUGUUUGUAUGAUAUUGCAGUUUGCUGAUGGCCUGGUAAUGUUGUGUAAACUUACGGCAACGAUAUCAGAAGUAUUUCUACAAAAGUUCUCACACUACACAAAUGUCAUUGUCGGCGUUCAAGUAUGUUAAACAUAUACACUCACAUAAUGUUGUAUUUCACAGAACAAGCACACAAACGUUCUUUAGCAAUUAUUUUAUUCAGGUUUGAUAUGCCUGUUUCUGUCUUUAACCAUUUAAAUUCCACAAUAUUACACUAAGCUUGAUAAAAGAUGCUUCCUCUCCCCGCCAACAGUUGGCAGCAUUGAGUCAUGUUGCAGAAUUACCAUUGGGAUAGCCUAUAUCAGGGGUGGGCAUUCUUGGUCCUGGAGGGCCACUGUCCUGCAAAGUUUAGCUCCAACCCUAAUCAAACACAACUGCAAAAUCGAAUGAAAGGCUGCAGGAUGACUUGGAAAUGACAUUCAGGUGUGUGUGAUUAAGGUUGAAGCUAAACUUUGCAGGACAGUGACCCUCCAGGACCAGGAAUGCCCACCCCUGACCUAUAUUAAUAACAUGUGCAGUUUCCAUCAAUGCAUUUUAAAAUCAAAAUUUCUUUAUAUGUAGACUAAUGCUUAGUGAUUUGAUUGAGAAAAUUUGAUGUAAUUGACGACUUAUAACAUGAACAUUUUAACCUAUUUACCAAAACACAGGAUAUGCCAGCUGCUUUGAAAUUUAUGAGAAAUGUUGUCAGCUCGAGUCUGGGAGAGUAGUUGCACGCACAAAAUAUUUCAUUGGAUUUUUUUUUUGUAGUUGCUUCUUUUGCUACGCUAUAUGUUUCUAUUUUGUGAUCACUGGCUGGUUGUUUGAUUUACUUUUUUGUCUAAAUUUAACACUUAAAGUUAACAUGAAACAACACAUUUGUUUAGCAUUGUAUGGCAUUCACAACUUAUUUUACUCUUUUAAUGUGUGAAGCAUGAUAGUAACUAAGAUAAAUGGUGGGAUUUUUUAGAAAGUGUUUGGAUUGUGAGAAGUGACAGAUAGUUGGAGUGGAGGAAAAAUAAUCUAGUGACGUUGUGAUUCUGAUAAAAGAUUAUGAUGUGAUCAAAUAUUGUUUUAAUAAUAAUGUGCACUAAUAAGUACAAUAAUGAGUGAAAAGUGUAGUCAAUGCUAUCGGUAGUUUUCUUUUAAAUCCCCCAUGAAAUUAAAAUGAUUUAUUUUCCUUUUAGUACUAAUACGUAUGGUCCAAAAUUCUUAUACAGAACAUAUAAGCAUUCAAAACCUACAGUUUGGCACAAGUGCUAAAAAAGUCUCGAAUUUUUAUGCCAUCACCCUACACUUCAGAGGUCACCUAUUAUGCAAAAUCCAUAAUGUGUGUUGGCAGUGUGUGAACACAACAACCCUACGAUGAAAAAAAUCAACCCGCUCCUUGUUUAUUAAUCUUCAUUAAACCAAAGCAGUCUCAUUAGACAUGCCAUUUUGAUUCUCUUAUCAAUGUGAGGUCACAUUAAUGUAGCCCCGCCCACUUACAGUCCUGCAUUACCAUAGUUUCCACCCUCAGCGAGUUGUACUCUGUCCACUAGUAGAUACUAUUGUCUCAGACUGAAUUAAUCAGAACAGAAAGCGCUCACUGUCUGUUUGUAAGGAAGUGAGGAGCUGUAGCUUAUUUGCAUUUAAAGGUAGAGACAUUAAAACAGCACCCACCCAAAUAGGGUCAUUUUGGACAUGCUAUAAUAAAUGAUCUGUGGGAUAUUUUGAGCUUUGUGGGACACACGUGAGACUUAUAUUACAUCUUUUAAAAAUGCUAUAAUUUGUGCCCUUUAACUUCUCAUCAAAUUCCCUGUCAAAUCAGUUUGUUACACCACAUCAGAUUAUGCCGCACAUUCCAAGGCACUUCAGUGGACCUUUAACUUUACAUUAAGAUGAAGCGUUCCCCUACUCCACAUCCUCUAUGAGCACAGCAGCAUCUGAACCUUGUAACCAGUGUAACCAUGGCAACAGUCCAUCUCUUCAUUUAGAGAGACACAUUACUUUGAGCUGUGGUAGCGCCAUGCGGGGUGGUCUAAAAAUAAUCUGAUUUUUAUAUCAUUUAAGGGUUUGAGAUGAAGCAAGCACAAACACUUUUUGCUAGCAUGACAAACUGUUGUGCAUGCGUGUUGUAGAGUCAAAGAUCAAUGGGAUUGCCACAUGAUGGUGAUGUUACCAAAUACUGGAAAAUAUGAUGAUGAUGUAUAAUAUUAAACUGAUUCUGUUUGAUUUGUCCUGUAUUGAUAACAGUGGUGUUUAAUUGAAACGUAAACCAUUUUUAACUAUGCAUUAUGAUAGAUGAAGAAAAUGGAAGGAGAGCUUUUAUACCUCCGUGCAUGUCAGAUUUAUUUAUUUAUGUUUUUAGAAAAUAAUAAGUAGUAAUUUAAUGCUAUUAUUGUUUAGGUUUUUAUUGUUUAAACUUGUUCACUUAUUUGCAUGUUUGCAUUAAAACUUUAUGUUGCACUUAAUAAAUUAGCAUCAUGUCCUUAAAGAAUGCAGAAGGUAACAAACAAAAAUCUAAUUUUUUUUUAACUGUAAACUAUUGCUGACAAAUUUGAUUGAUUGAUGAUUCAUUACAUGUCUGCCUACAUUUUCUAAUUCACUUCUGCUAUAUUUAAAGUUGUUCUGGUUAAAAAAACUGUCCUAAACUAACUUUCCUAAACAGCUAAAUAAACUGAAUGAAUGGUAUAAGAUAAGUGCGGUUAGUGCACAAAUGAUUUUGUUUUGAAAAUGGCAGUGUACAUAGUCAAAAUAUUGAAGAUACAAUACAAAGACAUUAUAGAGAAUAUAGCAACCGUUUCGAGAGGGUCGUUUGCUGUUCCAGUGUGACACUGACCCUCUGCCCAAAAGAAAUGUUCCCUUUGUCUGGUGUGCAAGAACUUAAUUGGUCUGCACAAAACCCAGACCUGAAUCUUUCCUUUGAGACACCUUUGGGAUAAAAGGGAACACAGACUGAGAGUCAGACCCCAUCACAACAUUGCAUUGGUGUGUGACCUCACCGAUGCUCUAGAAGAGUCAACACUGUUAUGAAGAACCAAAUGAAUGCAUUUUUGUUCAAAAUCUGGAUCAUAAUGGUUUUAAAGUAUAGGCACAGAUGGGUGUGGUGUUUGGGCGUCCACAUACUUCCAGUUCAGUAUAAACUUUCUGCAUUAAUAUCCUGUAUUUACACACCACUUAUCUAUGAGCUCAUCAGUGCUUUGAUUUGCUUUUUGAUUUGUUAGGAUCUUUGCACACUUCAGUCUGAAAAUAUGCAUUUUUUUGUGUCACCCUAACAUUCAUCACGCCCACUCUUGCCACAUAAGUGAUGCUGCAGUAAAAGCAUUCAGAUGCAUUCGAGAUGUUCUUCACAGGCUGUUGUGUCAUUUUGUCUGUUAAGGGGGAACCAGACCAUCUGGUGAUAUAGAAAUUAUGCUUUUUUAAGAACUGUUUGCCUUAAAUUGUUGAGCAGUCAAGUGUUUUUUUCUAUCUUUGGCAAUUUCUUUACAUACUGGUGAAGCACAUGAUCAGCUUUAGUGUUAAGGAGUCUAAAACCAUAUGUGUAUGUGGCGAUAUAAAAUAAUUCACUUGUUUUGGAUAAAGCUGUUAUCUGUACAGUCGAGAGAUCUAUGCAUUUUGGAGCUUUAACAUUCAGUGAAAUGUAACCUCAAAACUCUCAUCUCCAUUUUUAAAUCCUCAGACGAACAUAAUUUAAAUGAGUCUCUGAGGUGAGUUGAGUCUGUGAGGAAUAUAAUAGAUUAUAUCUUCUUCGUUACGUCUUACAGUUAAACUGUUCCUUUUUUUGUUGCUGGGGUCCCCCAAGGUACCGUUUUGU